AUGGCGAACGAUAUGAAAGAAGCGUUCCACGGAAUGCUUGUCGAAGAAGACUGGAUGGACAAUGCUACAAAAAAGGCUGCUUCUGGGAAAUUGCAAAAGAUGUUGAUUAAAGUCGCGUAUCCAGAGUUCAUCCUCAACAGCAGAAAAUUGGACAACUACUAUGAUAACAAGAAUUCGGAUUCGUACAGCCAGAUGGUAGAGAAACUGUCACGAUGGAAUAUAGAAUACGAUUUGAAGCGCCUUUCUAAGCCCGUCGAUCGAACUGAGUACGAUUUCAAUGCUGCAGUUGUCAACGCCUACUACGACUCCACCUCGAACUCGAUAAAGUAUCAGGAGUCAUGGUGGAGAAGGAGUGGCCAGCACAGAGUGUCAGGAGUCAUGGUGGAGAUCGUUCCCGCCAAGUUCCUGAACAUCAAACUAUCGGACCAAGUGCCAGGCACUACCUUGAAGCUGAAUGGUAAACUCACUCAAGGAGAAAACAUUGCUGACAAUGGAGGAUUGAAGCUGGCAUUUAGGGCAUAUAAGAAAGUUCUGAAAAAACACGGAAGUAGAGAAGCGGAUCAGAGGACUGGAAAAGUAUAA